AUGGAUACAGGAUGUGUGCCGGGGACUCCCGAAAAGGAAAGCUCGGGCUGUGACGUAGCCGUCGCCACCGCUCACUGGCCCCGCGCCGCUGCGUGCGCGCGCGCGUGUCCCCGAACGUGGAGCCCCGUGCGCGCGGGGACCGUGGGCACGCGGGGCCGGGGCCGGGCCCGGCGGGGCGCUGCGCCGCACGGGGCUCCACGCCCACUGCGUGCACCUCGCACCUGCGACGGAGGCCGAGGGGGGCGCUGUGGGAGGUCCCCACUGGGCUUUGAGAGCCUGUUGGCGAAGGCUUGGAUUGACUAUGCCCCUUCUUGGAGGUGCCUAUCAGUCUCUCUGAACAUCAUCAUACAAGACAACUUUGCUUCUGCUGAUUUGCCUUUGCUGACAUGUUUGACACAAGAUCAAGAGUUUGGGCCUGAUACUUUAUUUCAAAAACGUGAACUUGAUUUUGCUCCUCUGAGGGAAAUUCCUGGUAAGUCUGAAGAGCCUGAUUGGUUUUCUCGACCAUCAGAAGUUAGUGAAGCUUUAUUCCAGGCAACUUCUGAAGUAGCUUCAGACCUAGGGACUAAAGAAGAGGCCUUUUCAUCUGAACCACCUGAUCUGAAAACUUUCCACGAUGCUAAAGGUCAUGAUCUUCUUGCUUCAUACAUAUCAUGGAAGAUGAAAGAAAUUGAACGGGAGCAAGAAGCCAGUUUAGCUGAUAAGAAUCAAGUUUCUAUUUCAACUUCAUCUGAUACAAGUGAUGAGUACAUAACUCUUAAAGGAAGUGAGAAUGUUGAUACUUCUAGUUCCUAUAUGCAGUAUUGGAAACAGGAAGCUUUACAGCAGUCAGAAAAUUAUUUAACCAAGGGCCUGCAGGGGAAGACUGAAUCUGACAUCUAUGCUCUGGAUGAUUUUACUGAAUGCUGUAGCCUAGAUGAAAAUGUGGUUGUAUGCAGUGAAAGAGUUGCAUUACAAAAAGAGAUAUGUGAACAAGAUGACUUGAUUAGUGAGUGCAUUGAACUAGAAAGUUCGCUUGAUCUAGAAACUUGUGACACUUCCCUGAAUUGGCAAACUCUAUCACAACCGUCAUCUAAGGAAGAAAGCAAUUUUGAAGCACCUGUAGGUAAAUCUGCAUCUAAAGUACCUCAGUUUGCCCCUCAUGGCUCAGUUGGAGAGUCAGAAUAUUAUACUUCAGAUCUCAGAAUGUUAAGGAUAACUCCUGGCACACUGUCAAAGCCUUUGAAACAUUCAGCAGGAACUAUUUCUAAAGGAGACAUAACUGAAAUUACACAAUCUAAAUUGAAACCGGACAUCACCUCCACUUCUGGAGAUUCUGACAUUGCAUCUCAUUUAUCCUUGUUACCUGAGACCAUUCCUCAGUUGGCUGUAAGGUCUCCUCAAGAGAAAACUAUUAGUGAACAUACUGAUACUCUCAAUCAACAGGCAUUGACAGAUAGUCCUCUAACAGAAAGGACUAAGAGAGUUUCAAUUGCUCUUGGACACAGUGAGCAGACAACUAGAAUACCAGUGAUAACCACUUCUACUUAUUCACCUAGAGGGAAUUUGAGCGUUCUCUAUCAACAAGAGUUGCCAGAGAGUCAUCUCAUCGACCAGGCUCAGAGAGUUUCAGCUGCUCUUGGGCCUACUGGCCAGAAGACUAGCAUACCUACAAGUUCCUACUUACUUGGAGAAAAGCCCAGUAUUUCAUACGAACAGGGAUUGCCAGAUAGUUAUCUCAUUGACCAGACUCAGAGAAGUUCAGCUUCCUCUGGACCUAGUGGCCAGAAGACUAGCAUUCCUACAAAUUACUACUUAGUUGGAGAUAGGCCUAGUGCUCUAUACAAGCAGUCCAGUGUUCUGUACGAAAAGGGUUUACCAGACAGUCAUAUCAUCGACCAGGCUCAGAGAGUUUCAGCUACUCGAGGGCCUGCUGACCUGAAGACUAGCAUACCUACAAGUUUCUACUCAGUUGGAGAAAAGCCUAGUAUUCCAUACAAACAGGGAUUGCCAGAUAGUCAUCUCACUGACCAGACUCAGAGAGGUUCAGCUUCCUCUGGAUCUGCUGGCCAGAAGACUAGCAUCACUACAAAUUUCUACUCAGUUGGAGAUAGGCCUAGUGUUCCAUACAAGCAGUCCAGUGUUCUGUACGAACAGGAUUUGCCAGACAGUCAUCUCAUUGACCAGGCUCAGAGAGUUUCAGCUACUAUUGGACCUGCUGGUCAAAAGGCUAGCAUACCUACAAGCACCAAUACAGUUGGAGAUAGGUCUGGUGUUGUAUACGAACCAGGACUACCAGAUAGUCAUCAGAGACUUUCAGCUUCCUCAGGACUAGCUAAUCAGAAGACUAGCAUACCUACAAGUUCCUACUCAGUUGGAGAAAAGCUUAGUAUUCCAUACGAACAGGCAUUGCCAGAUAGUCAUCUUAUUGACCAGGCUCAGAGAGUUUCAGCUUCCUCUGGACCUGCUGGCCAGAAGACUAGCAUUCCUACAAAUUUCUACUCAGUUAAAGAUAGGCCCAGUGCUCUGUACGAGCAGUCCAGUGUUCUAUACGAAAAGGGUUUGCCAGACAGUCAUCUUAUCGACCAGGCUCAGAGAGUUUCAGCUACUGUUGGACCUGUUGAUCAGAAGAUUAGCAUACCUACAAGCACCUAUACAGUUGGAGAUAAAUCUGGUGUUGUAUACGAACCGGAAUUGCCAGAUAGUCAUCUUAUUGACCAGUCUCAGAGACUUUCAGCUUCCCCAGGACUAGCUAGUCAGAAGACUAGCAUACCUACAAGUUCCUACUCAGUUGGAGAAAAGCCUAGUAUUCCAUACGAACAGGGAUUGCCAGAUAGUCAUCUUGUUGACCAGGCUCAGAGAGUUUCAGCCUCCCCUGGACCUGCUGGCCAGAAGACUAGCAUUCCUACAAAUUUCUACUCAGUUAAAGAUAGGCCCAGUGCUCUGUACGAGCAGUCCAGUGUUCUAUACGAAAAGGGUUUGCCAGACAGUCAUCUUAUUGGCCAGGCUCAGAGAGUUUCAGCUACUGUUGGGCCUGUUGAUCAGAAGACUAGCAUACCUACAAGCACCUAUACAGUUGGAGAUAGAUCUGGUGUUGUAUACGAACCGGAAUUGCCAGAUAGUCAUCUUAUUGACCAGACUCAGAGACUUUCAGCUUCCCCAGGACUAGCUAGUCAGAAGACUAGCAUACCUACAAGUUCCUACUCAGUUGGAGAAAAGCCUAAUAUUCCAUACGAACAGGGAUUACCAGACAGUCAUCUUAUUGACCAGGCUCAGAGAGUUUCAGCCUUCUCUGGACCUGCUGGCCAGAAGACUAGCAUUCCUACAAAUUUCUACUCAGUUAAAGAUAGGCCCAGUGCUCUGUACGAGCAGUCCAGUGUUCUAUACGAAAAGGGUUUGCCAGACAGUCAUCUUAUCGACCAGGCUCAGAGAGUUUCAGCUACUGUUGGACCUGUUGAUCAGAAGAUUAGCAUACCUACAAGCACCUAUACAGUUGGAGAUAAAUCUGGUGUUGUAUACGAACCGGAAUUGCCAGAUAGUCAUCUUAUCGAACAGACUCAGAGACUUUCAGCUUCCCCAGGACUAGCUAGUCAGAAGACUAGCAUAUCUACAAGUUCCUACUCAGUUGGAGAAAAGCUUAGUAUUCCAUACGAACAGGGAUUGCCAGAUAGUCAUCUUAUUGACCAGGCUCAGAGAGUUUCAGCUUCCUCUGGACCUGCUGGCCAGAAGACUAGCAUUCCUACAAAUUUCUACUCAGUUAAAGAUAGGCCCAGUGCUCUAUACGAGCCAUCCAGUGUUCUGUACGAAAAGGGUUUGCCAGAAAGUCAUCUUAUCAGCCAGGCUCAGAGAGUUUCAGCUACUGUUGGACCUGUUGAUCAGAAGACUAGCAUACCUACAAGCACCUAUACAGUUGGAGAUAAAUCCAGUGUUGUGUACGAACCAGAAUUGCCAGAUAGUCAUCUUACUGACCAGACUCAAAGACUUUCAGCUUCCCCAGGACUAGCUAGUCAGAAGACUAGCAUAUCUGCAAGUUCUUACUCAGUUGGAGAAAAGCCCAGUAUACUAUAUGAACAGGGAUUGCCUGAUAGUCACCUAACUGACCAGACUCAGAGAGAUUCAGCUUCCUCUGGACUUGCUGGCCAGAAGACUAGCAUUCCUGCAAAUUUCUACUCAGUUGGGGAUAGGUCUAGUGCUCCAUUCAAGCAGUCCAGUGUUCUGUACAAACAGGACUUCCCAGACAGUCAUCUCAUCGACCAGGCUCAGAGAGGUUCAGCUACUGUUGGACCAGCUGGUCAGAAGACUAGCAUACCUACAAGCACUUAUACGGUUGGAGAUAGGUCUGGUGUUGUAUAUGAUCAGGGACUUCCAGAUAGUCAUCUUAUUGACCAGACUCAGAGAGGUUCAGCUUCCCCUGGACUUGCUGGUCAGAAGGCUAGCAUACCUACAAGUUCCUACUCAGUUGAAGAAAAGCCUAGUAUUCUAAAUGAACAGGGCCUGCCAGAUAGUCAUUUAAUUGACCAGACUCAGAGAGGUUCAGCUUCCCCUGGACUAGUUAGUCAGAAGACUAGCAUACCUACAAGUUCCUACCCAGUUGGAGAAAGACCCAGUAUACUGUACAAACAGGGACUUACAGAUAGUCACUUCAUUGACCAGAGAAGUCCAGCUUCCUCUGGACCUAUUGGCCAGAAGACUAGCAUUCCUACAAAUUUCUACUCAGUUGGAGAUAGGCCCAGUGCUCUAUACAAGCACUCCAGUGUUCUGUACGAAAAGGGUUUGCCGGACAGUCAUCUCAUUGACCAGGCUCAGAGAGUUUCAGCUACUGUCGGACCUGUUGGUCAGAAGGCUAGCAUACCUACAAGCACCUAUACAGAAGAUAGGUCUGGUGUUGUAUAUGAACAGGGAUUGCCAGAUAGUCAUCUUAUUGACCAGACUCAGAAAGGUCCAGCUUCCUCUGGACCUGCUGGCCAGAAGACUAGCAUUCCUAUAAAUUCAUACAUAGUUGGAGAGAAGCACAGUGUUUCAUAUGAACAGGAAUUGCCAGAUAGUCAUCUCAUUAAACAAGCUCAGAGAGUUUCAAUUUCUUCUGGACCUGCUGGUCAAAAGAAGAGCAUACCUGCAAGCUUGUACACAGUUGCAGAUACCGCUGGUGUUUUAUAUGAACAAGGAUUGCCAGAUAGUCGUCUCAUUGACCAGAGUCAGAGAGUUUUAGCUUCGUCUGGACCUAUUGGCCAGAAGACUAGUAUACCUGCAAGUUCCUACUCAGUUGGAGAGAGGCCUAGUGUUUUCUAUGAACAGGAAUUGCUAGGCAGUCAUAUUAGUGACCAGACUCGGAGAGUCUCAGCUUCUUCUGGACCUAUUGGCCAGAAGACUAGUAUACUUACAAACUCCUACAAGGUUGGAGAUAGAUCUAGUGUUCUAUAUGAGCAGAGAUUUCCAGAUGAUUAUCUUAUUGACCAGACUUUAAGACCUUUAGUUUCCCCUGGACCUGCUAGUCAGAAGACUAGCAUUUCUACAACUUCCUACUCAGUUGGAGAAAAGCCCACUAUUCUAUACGAGCAAGGUUUGCCAGAUAGUCGUCUCAUUGACCAGGUUCAGAGAAUUUCAGCUUCCUCUGGACCUGUUGGCCGGAAGACUAGCAUACUUAAAAGCUCCUACACAGUUGGAGAUAGAUCUAGUCUUCCACACAAACAGGGAUUUCCAGAGAUUCAUCUCAUUGACCAGACUCAGAGAGGUUCAGCUUCUUUUGGACCUGCUGGCCAGAAGACUAGCAUACCAAAAAGUUCUUACUCAAUUGGAGACAAGCCCGGUGUUCUAUACGAACAGGAAUUGCCAGAUAGUCAUCUUGUUAACCAGCCUCAAAGUGUCUCAAUUUCUUCUGGACCUGCUGGUCAGAAGAAGAGCAUACCUGAAAGUUUGUACACAGUUGGAGAUAGGUCUGGUGUUUUAUACGAACAGGAAUUGCCAGAUAAUCCUCUUACUGAGCAGACUCAAAGAAUUUCAGCUUCCUCGGGACCUGCUGGCCAGAAGAAUAGCAUACCUGCAAGCUUGUAUAAAGCUGGAGAUACCUCUGGUGUUUUAUAUGAACAAGGAUUCCCAGAUAGUCAUAUCAUUGACCAAACUCAGAGAGUUUUAGCUUCCUCUGGACCUAUUGGCCAGAAGGCUAGCAUACCUGCAAGUUCUUACUCAGUUGGAGAGAAGUCCAGUGUUACAUACGAACAGGAAUUGCCAGAUAGUCAUCUUAUUAACCAGAUUGAGAGAGUCUCAGCUUCCUCUGGACCUACUGGCCAGAAGACUAGUAUACUUACAAGCUCCUACACAGCUGGAGAUAGAUCUAGUGUUCUAUACGAACAGGGAUUGCCAGAUAGUCAUCUCAUUGACCAGACUCAGAGACUUUCAGCUUCCCCUGGACUUGCUGGUCAGAAGACCAGCAUACCUAUAAGUUCCUACUCAGUUGGAGAGAAGCCCAGUGUUCUAUACGAGCAGGGAUUUCCAGAUAGUCAUCUCAUUGACCAGACUCAGAGACUUUCAGCUUCCUCUGGACCUGUUGGCCAGAAGACUAGUAUACCUACAAACUCCUACACAGUGGGAGAUAGGUACAGUAUUCUAUACAAACAAGAAUUACCAGAUCGUCAUCUUAUUGACCAGGCUCAUAGAAUUUCAGCUUUCUCUGGACCUACUGGCCAGAAGACUAGCAUACCUACAAGCUCCCACUCAUUUGGAGAAAAGCACAGUGUUCCAUAUGAACAGGGAUUGCCAAACAAUCUUCUUACUGACCAGCCACAGAGAGUUUCAGUUUCCUCUGGACCUGUUGGCCAGAAGACUAGCAUAACUACAAGCUCCUACACAGUUGGAGACAGAUCUAGUAUUCUAUAUGACCAGGGAUUGCAUGAGAGUCAUAUUAUUGACCAGACUCAGCGACUUUCAGCCUCCCCUGGACCUGCUGGUCAGAAGACUAGCAUACCUAUAAACUCCUACACAGCUGGAGAUAGAUCUAGUAGCGUUCUAUACGAACAGGGAUUGCUAAAUAGUCAUCUCAUUGACCAGACUCAGAGACUUUCAUCUUCCCCUGGACCUGCUGAUCAGAAGACUAGUAUACCUACAAACUCCUACACGGUUGGAGAUAGAUCUAGUGUUGUAUACAAACAAGGAUUGCCAAAUAGUCAUCUCAUUGACCAUACUCAGAGACGUGCAGCUUCCUCUGGACCUAUUGGCCAGAAGACUAGCAUUCCUACAAGUUCCUACUCAGUUGGAGAGCCCAGUGUUCUAUAUGAACAAGGAUUGCCAGAUAGUCAUCUAAUUGACCAGACUCAGAGCAUUUCAGCUUCUUCUGGACCUAUUGGCCAGAAGACUAGUAUACCUACAAGCUCCUACGCAGUUGGAGAUAGAUCUAGUGUUCCACACGAACAGGGAUUUCCAGAUAGUCAUCUCAUUGACCAGACUCAGAGACUUUCAACUUCCCCUGGACCUGCUGGUCAGAAGACUAGUAUACCUAUAAGUUCCUACACGGCUGGAGAUAGAUCUAGUGUUCCAUACGAGCAGGGAUUGCCAGAUAGUCGUCUCAUUGACCAGACUCAGAGACUUUCAGCUUCCCCUGGACCUGCUGGUCAGAAGACUAGUAUACCUAUAAGUUCCUACACGGUUGGAGAUAGAUCUAGUGUUCCAUACGAGAAGGGAUUUCCAAAUAGUCAUCUCACUGACCAGACUCAGAGACGUGCAGCUUCCUCUGGACCUAUUGGCCAAAAGACUAGCAUUCCUACAAGUUCCUACUCAGUUGAAGAGAAGCCCAGUGCUCUAUAUGAACAAGGAUUACCAGACAGUCUUCUUACUGACCAGACUCAGAGAGUUUCAGCUUCCCCUGUACCUGCUGGCCAGAAAACUAGCAUACCUAUAAGCUCCUACACAGCUGGAGACAGACCUAGUGUUCCAUACGAGCAGGGAUUGCCAGAUAGUCGUCUCAUUGACCAGACUCAGAGACUUUCAGCUUCCCCUGGACCUGCUGGUCAGAAGACUAGUAUACCUAUAAGUUCCUACACAGUUGGAGAUAGAUCUAGUGUUCCAUACGAGAAGGGAUUUCCAGAUAGUCAUCUCAUUGACCAGACUCAGAGACGUGCAGCUUCCUCUGGACCUAUUGGCCAGAAGACUGGCAUUCUUAAAAGUUCCUACUCCGGUGGAGAGAAGCCCAGUGCUCUAUACGAACAAGGACUACCAGACAAUCUUCUCACUGACCAGACUCAGAGAGUUUCAGCUUCCCCUGGACCUAUUGGCCAGAAGACUAGCAUACCGAUAAGCUUCUACACGGCUGGAGAUAGAUCGAGUGUUCCAUACGAGCAGGAAUUGCCAGAUAGUCAUCUUAUUGACCAGACUCAGAGACUUUCAGCCUCCCCUGGACCUGCUGGUCAGAAGACUAGUAUACCUAUAAGUUCCUACACGACUGGAGAUAGAUCUAGUGUUCUAUAUGAGCAGGGAUUGCCAGAUAGUCAUCUCCUUGACCACACUCAGAGAGUUUCAGCCUCCCCUGGACCUGCUGAUCAGAAGACUAGCAUACCUAUAAGCUCCUACACAGUUGGAGAUAGAUCUAGUGUUUCAUAUGAGAAGGGAUUUCCAGAUAGUCAUCUCAUUGACCAGACUCAGAGACUUUCAACUUCCCCUGGACCUGCUGGCCAGAAGACUAGCAUACCUGCAAGUACCUACUCAGUUGGAGAGAAGCCCAGUGUUCCAUAUGAACAGAGAUUGCUGAACAGUAUUCUCACUGACCAGACACAGAGACUUUCAGCUUCCUCUGGACCUGCUGGUCAAAAGAAGAGCAUACCUGCAAGCUUGUACACAGUUGCAGAUACCGCUGGUGUUUUAUAUGAACAAGGAUUGCCAGAUAGUCGUCUCAUAGACCAGAGUCAGAGAGUUUUAGCUUCGUCUGGACCUAUUGGCCAGAAGACUAGUAUACCUGCAAGUUCCUACUCAGUUGGAGAGAGGCCUAGUGUUUUCUAUGAACAGGAAUUGCUAGGCAGUCAUAUUAGUGACCAGACUCAGAGAGUCUCAGCUUCUUCUGGACCUAUUGGCCAGAAGACUAGUAUACCUACAAGCUCCUACAAGGUUGGAGAUAGAUCUAGUGUUCUAUAUGAGCAGAGAUUUCCAGAUAAUUAUCUUAUUGACCAUACUUUGAGACUUUCAGCUUCCCCUGGACCUGCUAGUCAGAAGACUAGCAUUUCUACAACUUCCUACUCAGUAGGAGAGAAGCCCAGUUUUCCAUACGAACAGGGUUUGCAAGGUAGUCAUCUUAUUAAGCAGGCUCAGAGAGCUUCAGCUCCUCUGGUACCUUCUGGCCAGAAGACUAGCGUACCUGCAAGUUUGUACACAGUUGGAGAUAAAUCUGAUGUUGUAUAUGAGUGGGGAUUUCCAGAUAGUCAUCUCAUUGAACAGACUCAGAGAGUUUUAGCUUCCUCUGGACCCAUUGGCCAGAAAACUAGCUUACCUGCAAGUUCUUAUUCAGUUGGAGAGAAGCCCAGUGUUUCAUACGAACAGAGUUUGCCAGAUAGUCAUCUCAUCAACGAGGCUCAGAGAGUUUCAGCUUUUCUUGGACCUGCUGGUCAGAAGACUAGCAUACCUACAAAUUUGUACAUAGUUGGAGAUAAAUCUGGUGUUCUGAACAAACAAUACAGUAUUGUGUAUGAUCAGAGUUUGCCAGACAGUCAUCUCAUCAACCAGGCUCAGAGAGUUUCAGCUACUGUUGGACCUGUUGGUCAGAAGACUAGCAUACCUACAAGCACCUAUUCAGUUGGAGAUAGAUCUGGUGUUGUAUAUGAACCGGAAUUGCCAGAUAGUCAUCUUAUUGACCAGACUCAGAGACUUUCAGCUUCCCCAGGACUAGCUAGUCAGAAGACUAGCAUAUCUGCAAGUUCUUACUCAGUUGGAGAAAAGCCCAGUAUACUAUAUGAACAGGGCUUGCCAGAUAGUCAUCUAACUGAUCAGACUCAAAGAAUUUCAGCUUCUCUUGGACCUGUUGGCCAGAAGACUAGCAUAUCUGCAAGCUUGUACACAGCUAGAGAUAGGUCUAAUGUUGUAUAUGAACAGGGCUUGCCGGAUAGUUAUCUUAGUGAUCAGACUCAAAGAGUUUUAGCUUCCUCUGGACCUAUUGGCCCAAAGACUAGCUUACCUACAAGUUCCUUUUCAGUUGGAGAUAGGCCUAGUGGUCUAUAUGAGCAAUCCAGUGUUAUAUAUGAACAGGAGUUGCCAGAUGGUCAUCUAACUGACAAAGUUCAGAGAGUUUCAGCUUCUCUUGGACCAGCUGGUCAGAAGACUAACAAACCCACUAGUCUGUACUCAUUUGGAGAGAAGCCCAGUGUUGUCUAUCAACAGGGUUUUCCAGAUAGUGAUCUCAUCAACCAGGUUCAGAGAGUUUCAACUUCUUCCUCUGGUCAGAAAACUAGCAUACCUAAAAGUUCCUACUCAGAACAGCAGAGGUUGCCAGAUAGUCAUCUCACUGAUCAGGCUCAAAGAAUUUCUGUUUCUGCUGGGCCAGCAGACCAGAAGACUGGGACAAAGUCUUUUAUUACUUAUUCAGCUGGAGAGAAGCCCCACAUUUUCUAUCAACAGACAUUGCCAGACAGUCAUCUAACUGAACAAGCUCAGGCAGUUUCAACAUCUCCUGGAUUUGCUGAGCAGAAUAUUGGUAUCUCAACAGUCACAUCUUCUCUUUACUCAUCUGGAGAGAAGCCUAUUGUCCUCUACAAUCAAGAGCUUCCAGAUAGUCAUCUUACUGAACAGACUCAGACAUUUUUUGCUGUUUCUGUACCAGCUGAAACACCACUUACCUCUUACUCACAGAGAAGGAAACCCACUACCUUAUAUCAGCAGGGGUUACCAGACAGUCAGCUUCCUGAACAAUUUCUGCAAGCUUCUGCUAUUCCUGGACUGGCAGACCAGGAGUCUGGCAUACAAACUACACUUUCUGGUACCUAUGCACACAGAGAAAAGCCUGUUAUUUUUUACCAACAGGAAUUGCCAGAUAAUUAUCAAACUGAGGAGGCUCUGAAAAAUUUAGCUAAACUUGAACUCACAGACCAAUUUGUUAGAAUUCCAAAAGGGUCCUCUAGGUCUUACUCACUUGGAGAGAAGCCCAGUAUUUUGCAUCAUCCACUUGCUGAGACUGUGAAACUUUCAUUUAUUCCUGGACCAGCUGAAAACAAGAGUGGGCAACUUUCAGAAUCCUCUAGUUUGUACUCAGAUGCAGAAAUUCCUAAUAGUUUUUACCAACAAGAAUUACCAGAGAGUAGUCUGAUUGGACAGGUUCAGAAAGUUUCAGCUGCUCCAGGAUCUACUGACCAGAGAAUUGGGAUAUCAACAGUAGCUUCUAUUCCUCAUUUGCAAAAGGAAGACACUUUUAUUUUUUAUCCACAACACCUGCCAGACAGUCAUCUACCUGAAGAGUCUUUAAACAUUUCAACUGUUUUGGGACCAACUGAACAGAAAUCUGGGUUGCCAUCAGAGCCUUCUAGUUCCUACUCACUUAGGGAGAAGCCCAUUGUUUACCAGAAGGACUUACCAGGCAGUCAUUUAACUGAACAGACUCAGAAAGUUUCAGGUAAUUCUGGAUCAGCUGAGCAGAGCAACAGGAAACCAGAAUUAGCCUCUACUUUCAGCCAAUAUAAAAAGAAGUCUGUUACUUUCUACCAGCAAAAUUUACCAGAUAGUCAUCUACUACAAGAGCCUCAGAUAGUUUCAACUAUUUCGGACAUUGAUGAGCAUAAAGCUGAGUCAUCAACAGUACAUUCAAGUCCCUACUCACUUGGCGGGCAACCUCUUGGUUCCAGCCCGCAGACCUUACCAGAUACACAAUUUACUGAAGUGCCUCUGAAAGUUUCACAUUCUUCUGAUCUAGCUGACGAAAAGGCUGGGAUAUCAGCAGUAAAUAUUACUUCCUACUCUCCUAGAGAGAAACCUGGUGUUUUCCAUCAAAAGACCUUACCAGAAAGUAAUUUAACUAAAGAGGCUCUGAACGGUUCAACUAUUCCUGGGGUUAGUGAACAAAAGGCCAGAAUACCCAGUGAAAACUCAACUUCUUACUCGCACAGAGAGAAGCCUAUUAUUUCUUACCAACAGGACUUGUCAGAUAGUCGUCUCACUGAAGAGACUUUGAAAGUUCCAGGUGUUUCUGAACCAGCAGAUCAGAAGACUGGGAUAACUGUAUUACCACCUGGAGUACCACUUACAGAGGACUCCACUUACCCACAAGAGUUUCCAGAUCUUAUUGAAGAGGCUUUAACAGUUGCAGGGGCUUCUGGACCAGCCGACCAGAAGAUUGGUAAAAUAAUUGUACUUCCAGCUUCCUAUUCACGUAGAGGGAGUCCUGUCUUUUCUUACCAGGAGUCGCUGGAUAUAAUUGAAGAAACUUUGAAAGGUUUAGCUGUCCCUGGAUCAACUGACCAGGAGACUGGAAUACAAAUAAUUCCCUUGAAUCCUCACUCAAAUCAAGACAAAACUGGUGUUUUUUACCAACAGGAGUUGUCAGCUACUACUGCAAAAUCUUUAAAAGUUUCUGGAUCAGUUGACCUGAACACUGAGAUACCAGAAGAACAUUCUAGUUCUUACUCACAUAACGAUAAACUCCAGAUUUCAAGGAUGACUUUACCAGAUCAGCAGAAGACUCCCUCUAGUUCACUUAGUGAGAAGCCCAAGAAUUCAACUGUGAUUGAGCCGGAUGACCAGAAGACUCCAUUAAUGGCAGUGUUCCACAAUUCUUCUCAGAGAAAAAAUACCAGAACUUUUUCACAACAGAAGCUGCCAGAUAAGCAUCAAACUGAAGAUACUCUGAAGAUUUCAGGUGCUCCUGAAUCAACUGAUAGGAAUUCUGGGAUACUAAUAUCUCCUAGUUCCUAUUCACACAGAAAGAAUAUUUUCUACUCACAGCGAUUGCCAGACAAACAUUUAACUGAUGAUGCACUGAAGGUUUUAAAAGUUCCUGGACUGGCUAACCAGAAAACUGUGUUAUCUGUCACUCCUAGUUCCUUUUCACACAAAGAAAAAGCAGAUAUUUUUUAUCAAGAGAAUUUGCCAGACAGACAUAUAACUGGAGAUACCUCAACAUUCUUAAGUGGUCGUGGGCAAGCUGAUCAGAUUACUGGGUCAAUAGUUCCCUCUGGUACUUAUUCAUAUAAUGAGAAGCACAAACUUGUUUCAGGCCAUGUUCAAAGACUAAUGGGAAAUUUAGAUUCUCCAACUGAUGCGCCUUUAAUUUCCCGGGCUGAUGGUAGAGUUGUAAUAAAUAUGCCAGAACCUUCAAAUUUUGAAGAUGUUGACUGUGAGGAAAUCCAGGAUAUGGACAGUGGUUCCAAAACUCUUAAAGAGAUUCAAACACUUUUAAUGGAGGCAGAAAAUAUAGCACUGAAACGUUGUAAUUUUCCUUGUCACCUUGUUCCUUUCAGAAAUGUUAGUGAUGUUUCCUUUAUACAAUCUAAGAAGGUGGUUUGCUUCAAAGAACCUCCCACAACUCAUGAACCUUCUGAUGCUUUGCCUCAGAGACAGCCAUGUAGAGAGGGAAGCCCACGCUACGAGGAUAUACAGAAGAACAUUAACACAGAGGCGAAUCUGAAGUGCCAGAGAGGCAUUAAAAAUUGGGAGUUUGUUAGUUCAACCACAGUUAGAAGUCCUCUACAGGAAUCAGAAAACAGAGCUAGAGUGACUUUAGAUGAAACCCUCAGGCAAUACAAAACAGCCAAAUCUGUAAUGAGGUCUGAACCUGAAGGUAGUAGAACCAUUGGGAAUAAGAUUAUUAUCCCUAUGAUGACUAUCAUAAAAAGUGAUUCAAGCAGUGAUGCAAGUUCCUGCUCCUGGGACAGCAAUUCUUUGGAGUCUGUUUCUGAUGUUCUUCUGAAUUUCUUUCCAUAUGCUUCACCUAAGACAAGCAUAACAGAUAGCAGAGAGGAAGAGGGUAUAUCAGAGAGUGAUGAUGCUAGUAGUGUAGAUUCACUGGCUGCACAUGUGAAAAAUCUUUUGAAAUGUGAAUCGUCAUUGAAUCAUGCUAGGCAAAUACUCAGAAAUGCAGAGGAAGAAGAAUGUCGGGUACGAGCACGAGCUUGGAAUCUGAAGUUUAACUUGGCUCAUGGCUACGAGGGUGGCUACUCCAUUUCAGAGUUAAAUGAAGAUGACAGGAGAAAAGUAGAAGAGAUCAAAGCAAAGUUGUUUGCUCACGGGAGAACAACUGACUUGUCCAAGGGUUUACAGAGUCCACGGGGAAUAAGCUGCAAUCCAGAAGCUGUAUGUGGUCACAUUAUAAUUGAGAGCCAUGAAAAAGGAUGUUUUAGGACUCUGAGUGCUGAACAACCACAGCUGGACUCCCGCCCUUGUGUUUUCAGAUCGACUGAAUCCUCAGAAAUGAUCAGAGGGCUACGGAGCCCAUCAUCAUGGAGAGCGAGGCAGAUCAGCCUCUGCAAUUCACUAGAACAGAACAAACCCAAUUUCAAAGUUUGGAAUUCCGUGAGAUUUCAAGAUCACGCUCCAUUUCAAACCUUUUCUGCUGAUGACUUCAAAAUUAGCAGCGGUGUUCAAAUGCCUUUCCAUGAAAGAAUGGACCCUUGGCUAUCAGAGUUAGUAGAACCAUCUUGUGUGCCACCUGAAGAAAUGGGUUGCUAUUCUCCAGCACAGGUGCUGCCUCCAGAACCUAUGAAACAGUUUACUACUGCCAUCACCUUUUCAUCUCACCGACAUUCUAAAUGUUUUUCAGAUGCCCCUGUUUUUAAAGUUGGUGUUCCUGAAGGUAGCCAGUGUCCUGGAGCAUCUGUAGGGGCAUUUAAUUCACGUUUCCCUGAAGAGCAAAAUCUUCCCCGAGAUCUAAAACAGAAAAUCUGUUCCCCUUCAUCAUAUAAAACCAUCAGUCCAUCACCAGGUAAAGCUGUGACUAUUUUAACAGGUAGUGGUAGGCAAAGCCAUAAAUUACCUGUUGAACAUUCUCACCAAGAAGAAAAACUCUUAGAAAUACCAGGUUUCAGAGGCAGUCAUUCUGAGCCCAGUGUUCGAGCAAAGUCUAGCAACGUUAAGGAAGUUCAUUUUUCUGAUAACCAUAUCCUUGUUAGCACCUGCAGACCAAGUUCCACAGUAGCAGUAAAAGAGAAAAAUGUAACUGUAACUCCAGAUCUUCCUUCACACAUUUUUCUUGAACAACGAGAGCUCUAUGAACAAUGUGCAGCAUCACAUACAGAUCACCAUGAGCAAAACCACCAUUCUCCCCCUCUGCAACAUGAGAAUUAUGUAGUCCCAAACCUUCCUUGUUAUAUUUUUCUUGAAAAACAAGAACUCUCUGAACAAAGCAAAGCCCCAAAUGUAGAUCAACAAGUGAGAGAAAACCACUUUCCCGUUCCUCAAGAUCAGGGUUAUAUAGCUCCAGACCUUCCUUCUUCUAUUUUUCUUGAGCAACGUGAGCUCUUGGAACAAAGUAGCAAAGCCCCAGAUGUAGCUCACCUCACUAGAAAACACCACUCCCCUCUUCCUGAAUGUCACGAUUAUGAAGUAGAAAAGAAUGCUCAACAAAAACCUAAAUCACACACUUGUGAUAUGACAGAUGAAGCCAACUUCAAUAAUGCAGUCUCCCUAUCAGCCUCAAAUCAAGGUACCUCAGAAACAUCUGCAUCUUCUCCACCUUUAAAUAGAAAAGUACUUUCUUAUGUUCGUAUAACUCUUGGCCCCAAGCCUCUUUCCAAGUUGGAGAGUGGAACCUCGGAUAAAAAAUUUAACUCAUUGGAUCCUUCUAAAACAAGAUUGAACUGUGAGUUUAAUGGUGACCUACAAACUAUGUCUUCAAGAUCAUUGGAACCAAACCCCACAUUAGUGGGCAGUAAACAUGUAAUAAAGGAUCAAGAAUGUUUGGGGCAUAAAUCUUCACUGGACUUGCAAGUUGUAUUGUCUCCUUUUCCAGAUUGUAAAACACAGGACUUGAAAGCCAUACCUUUUCAGAAUAGCCAGUUAGUAACCUCAAGACAAACACAAGUCAGCAUUUCAGAUUUGGAAAGCUAUUCUAGUCCAGAAGGGACUUCAGUAUCUGCAGAUCGAUCGUCAGAGGAAACUAAGACUUCAUAUUAUGGGAAGUCAUCAUCUGAUGCCGUUACUCAGAUAACAACAGAAAGUCCAGAGAAAACCACGUUUUCCUCUGAAAUUUUUAUUAAUGCUGAUAAUCUUGCACAUGGAACGCCAGAUCUCAGUACACAGGGGAAAUUGGACAAAGUUCCUGGCAAGUUUGCUUCAUCAUCUUCAAUCCAACAGAUUUCUCAUAGCAGAGAGGCUCAGCCUUCACUGUUGCCAUAUAAACCUUCGAGUAGUGCAAAGAUGUUCUAUGUUCCACAGUUGAGCAAGCUUCCUCCAACUCUGGAUUCUAGGUCAGAUACCACCGUUGAGAGCACACAUUCAGGAUCCAAUGAUGCCAUUGCUCCAGACUUCCCUGCUCAGGUGCUGGGCACGAGAGAUGAUAACCAGGCAGACACUGUGAACAUUAAACAUAAAGAGGGGAUCUACAGUAAGAGGGCAGUGACCAAAAAACCCUUGCCCAACACUCUAGUCACAGCACCACCUCCUGAGCCAUCCAAAAUAUCCUAUAAGAAAAACAGUGCAGAUGCCCAGGUUCAAGUUGCCAUGAGUAAGGAUGAGAUCAUCUCAGACAAAAUGCAGAAAGAGGAAGUUCACAGUAAAUUGCCACCACCUGAGGAUGAAGACAAAGAGUCUUUGCAAAAAGACACUACAGGUUCCAGUGAUAGUACUUCUAAAGAGCAGUUACUAAAACCAGUCACUAAAACCAUUAAACACAAAGAAGAAAUCUAUAGUAAGAAGAAGACAGUUUGUACAGAAGCCUGGUCAGAAAAUAAAGAAUCUUUGCAUAUAGGUAUUGCAGGAUCUGGAUAUCAUUCUGAGGUUGAAAAUACUACACAUUCUGUCUUCAAGUCAGCCAAAUUUUACUUUCACCAUCCAGUGCACCUACCAAGUGAGCAGGACUUUUGCCAUGAGUCUUUAGGAAGGAGUAUCUUCAUGAGGCAUUCUUGGAAAGAUUGCUUUCCACAUCAUUCAGAGAAACAUAGAGAACACAUUUGUCUUUCUCCCCCUCAUCAAAAUGUGGAAAAGACAAAGACAGAUUAUACCAGAAUAGAGAGCCUCAGUAUCAAUGUGAACUUGGAAAACAAAGAAACAGUACAUACUACUAAAAAUCAGAUUAGAGAUUCCCCACGAUGUGAUGAACAGAUUAGUGAUGACAAAAAGGAUCAUGACAUCACAACUCAACACCCUGUGAGUUUGAAUGAGCUCUGGAACAAAUAUCUAGAACGACAGAAAAAACAGAAACGUCCUGAGUUCAGUUGCAGGAAAGAACUAUCCUUGGUGGAAAGACUUGAUCGUUUAGCUAGACUUAUUCAGAAUCCUAUCUCACAUUCUCUCCGACCUUCGGAAAGUACACAGGAUGAGAGCAGAGGGGAACAAAACAAUAAGGAAUGGAGUAGAAAGCAACAACAGUUGAAAAACAAGCUUCAGAAAAAGAAGCGAUGUAAAGGCGUGGAGAAAUGCCAUAAAAACAUAGAUCUUAAGAGAAGCAGGAGGGUCUCUGCUCAUCAAGUAGGGAAAUCUAAUCAGAUUAAAAUCGAACAGAUCAAGUUUGAUAAAUACAUUCUGAGCAAACAGCCGGGGGGUCAUUAUUUAAACACAUCUUCAGAUUCUCGACCCUCAGAGGAAAGUGAUCCGCUCACAGAUACUGCCACCAAUAUCCUCUCCACCACCACGUCUCCUGUGGAUUCAGAUAUUUUGACUCAAACUGAUAAAGAAGUGACUCUACGUGAAAGGAGCAGUUCUAUUUCCACCAUUGACACUGCCCGAUUGGUCCAAGCUUUUGGCCAUGAAAGAGUUUAUUUAUCACCCAGGCAAAUUAAAUUAUACAACAGCAUCAUAGAGCAGCAGAGGAGAUACCUUGAGAAACGAAGCAAGAAGAACAAGAAAGCACUGAAUAUAGGUCAUCCACAAAUGACCUCUGAGCACACCAGAAGGAAGCAUGUCCAGGCCACAAAACAUAUGAAUUCUUCUGAAUCUGUUACAUCUACCAGUAGUUUAUGGAGUUCAUAUUCUGCUCUUUACAACAGCGAAAAUGUACAAAUGUUAAACAAGGGAGUACAAGCAGGUAACUUGGAGAUUGUGAAUGGUGUCAGAAAAAACACUCGAGAUGUUGGGAUGACUUUCCCAACCCCAAGUUCUAGCGAGGCUCGAGUAGAAGAGGACAGUGACGGGUCUUCUUGGUCAGAAGAAAAAAUAGAGAAAAGACUCCUUGCCAGUUAUCUUGGGGACAAAAGGUUAAGGAAAAACAAAUACACUUGCUGUGCAGGAAUUUCCUGGUUUGUUCCUGUGGAAAAUGUGAAGUCUAAUGAUAAGAAGGAAAACCUACCCAAGUAUUAUGGCCCUGGCAUCUCCUGGUUCGCACCCUUAACCAACACCAAACCCUGGAGGGAGCCACUACGAGAACAGAACUGGCAGGAGCACCACAUGGACAGCCACCGAGCACCAGCAGGGCUGGGCAGAGACCCACCAAAGCCAUUUGUGAAAGCGACUCUACAGGAAUCACUUUGGCUUCAUCGACCUGACUUCAUCUCCCGCUCUGGGGAGAGGAUAAAGCGCUUGAAAUUAAUAGUCCAAGAGAGGAAGCUGCAGAAUAUGUUACAGAGUGAGCGGGAGGCACUAUUCAACACUAUGAGAGAGUGGAAGGGCUACCGGAAGUCCAUGUGCCUGCCCCCAAAGCAAGGUUUCAUAGCGACUGAAAAGAACAGGCCUGUUGGAAAGAAGGAAAUGAUCCAGAGGUCUAAAAGAAUAUAUGAACAGCUUCCAGAAGUACGGAAAAAGAGAGAAGAAGAAAAGAGGAAAUCAGAAUAUAAGUCAUACCGACUACAAGCCCAAUUAUAUAAAAAGAAAGUGACUAAUCAACUUUUGGGGAGAAAAGUUCCCUGGAACUGACAAAAUUAUUUUCCUCUGAGCCUUGGAAUUAUAUUUUCUGAACCCAGAGAAGCACAAUUCUAACUUUUAUGAGUCUGUUUUAAUAAAAUGUACUCUUCACCCA